AUGGGAGCAGUAGUUUCUUCUGUUCACUACAAUCUUAAGCUCAGGCAUCCUACCCUUGACAUGCCCAUUAUUGACUAUGAUUUGGCAGUGCUUAUCCAGCCAAUGCUAAUGCUUGGCAUUAGUAUUGGGGUUACUUUCAAUGUGAUCUUUGCUGACUGGAUGGUCACAGUGCUGCUACUUAUUCUCUUCGUAGGCACAUCAACUAAGGCCUUUUUAAGAGGUGUUGAGACGUGGAAGAAAGAAACUAUUUUGAAAAAGGAGGUUUCCCAACGCUUAGCAGCAAAUGGGAGUGGUGCUCAAGGAGAUUACAAGCUUCUUCCUAGUGGCCCCAGCAAUGCAACUCAAAAUGACACCAAGGCUUCUGAAAAUAAGGAGGUCUCUAUAAUAGAAAAUGUUUGUUGGACCAAAUUUGGACUUCUUUGCUUUGUUUGGGUUGCAUUUCUCACUCUGCAGAUCAUCAAGCCUAUAGAUACUAGUUUUUCUGCAUCAAUGUUAUCCUAUGAACUCACUGAACUUGUGUUUCGUAACAGAAUUAUACAGCAACAGGUUUUUCUACUCAAUAGGUUUGUUCGCUUUGUGAGCACUCCGGAGAUCUUGGAACGGUUGCACACUAUAGAAUCUGAGAUUAUACAGAUUGAAGAAGCAAUCACCAUACAGGGUCAGUUUCAUUAA